AUGGUCCUUCGAGCCAGUGGCCUGUUCUUAAUAUUUAUGAUGACAUCAGCAGGCAGUGAUGGUAUCGACUUUACAAUGAAUGAUGAUAUACUGCUUAAGGCACUAAAGGAUAUGUCAAACCAAACCAAGGCUGACACUUUGAAUCUUCCUGCAAAUGCUUCUUCCAUCAGAGAAAAUAUUACAGAUACCUUCAGCUGUGAAAACCGGACUUACGGCUACUACGCAGACGUGGACAACGAAUGUCAAGUGUUCCACGUAUGUGUCCCCACGCAGACCCCUUCAGGUCGCAAUAUCACGUACAGAUACAGCUUCAUCUGUCCGAAUGAAACCAUAUUUAAUCAGGUAAUAAACUUUCCGAACUAA